UGCCGUACAACCUGUUUGUUGAUCGCUCUAUGUGGCAUAUUAACACCCCGAGUCUGUUGUAAACGGCGGUGGUUUCUCUGGGAGUUGGAACUCGCCGUCGCCAGGAGGAGGCAGGUCGCUUUUUGGCAGCUCCCGCCACAACACAAGGACUAUGUCGCGAGCUUUUAUUCCGUCGGAAUUACUCUGAGGAGCUUUUUCCAAUGUAGCUUGUUAGCUAGCCGCGUCGCGUACAGUGGACACACAGCCUUUUUUGUUCUGCUCUUGGACUGUCUCUGCAUGACAAAUUAUCACCAGUGCAGAGGACAGACAAGGCGUUAAAACAGCGGCCGCUUUGUUGGAAAACGUGUCAAGAAAACCCCCCGGUUGUCAGCCACAGCCCCGGGGCUCAACCCCCGGUCAUCGAGCGAAUUAAUGGCCGGAAAUCCGAGGAGGGGCGCCGGUCUCAUCGGCUUGAUGAAGGACGCGUUUCAGCCCCACCAGCAGCCUCUCCAGCCUCACCAGCCCGCAGUGGUCGAUAAGAAAAUGGUGGAGAAGUGCUGGAAACUCAUGGAUAAGGUGGUGCGUUUGUGCCAGAACCCCAAGGUGGCGCUGAAGAACAGCCCGCCCUACAUCCUGGACCUGCUGCCGGACACCUUCCAGCACCUGCGCACCAUCCUGUCCCGAUACGAAGGCAAGAUGGAGGUCCUCGGGGAGAACGAGUACUUCCGCGUGGUCGUCGACAACCUGACCAACAAAACGAAGCAGACCAUGAGCCUCUUCAAGGAGGCCAAGGAGAGGAUGUACGAGGAGAACUCCCAGCCCAGACGUAACCUCACAAAGCUGUCGCUGAUCUUCAGUCACAUGCUUGCGGAGCUGAAAGCCAUCUUCCCCAACGGCCUGUUUCAGGGGGACAACUUCAGGAUCACGAAAGCCGACGCGGCAGAAUUUUGGAGAAGAUCUUUUGGAGACAAGACCAUAGUGCCAUGGAGGACAUUUCGCCAGGCUCUCCAUGAGUUCCACCCCAUCAAUUCAGGACUGGAGGCCAUGGCUCUCAAAUCCACCAUUGAUCUCACCUGCAACGACUACAUCUCUGUUUUUGAGUUCGACAUCUUCACCCGGCUCUUCCAGUUCGAGCAGGAAACGGACGAACGGGAUGAGUGUGUGUUCCUGUGCCCGUGGUCGUCUCUUUUGAGGAACUGGAACAGCCUGGCAGUCACCCACCCCGGUUACAUGGCCUUCUUAACCUACGACGAGGUCAAAGCCCGGCUGCAAAGGUUCAUCCACAAGCCCGGCAGCUACAUCUUCAGGCUGAGCUGCACCCGGCUGGGACAGUGGGCCAUCGGCUACGUGACCGCAGACGGCAACAUCCUGCAGACCAUCCCCCACAACAAACCGCUCUUCCAGGCCCUCAUAGAUGGAUACAGAGAGGGGUUUUAUCUUUUUCCAGACGGCCGUGCACAGAACCCGGACCUCACAGGGCUGUGUGAACCGUCUCCACAGGACCACAUCAAAGUCACUCAGGAGCAGUAUGAGCUCUACUGUGAGAUGGGCUCCACUUUCCAGCUCUGCAAGAUCUGCGCCGAGAACGACAAGGACGUGAAGAUUGAACCCUGCAGACACCUCAUGUGCACCUCCUGCCUGACCGCCUGGCAGGAAUCGGAGGGUCAGGGCUGCCCGUUUUGUCGCUGUGAGAUUAAAGGCACGGAGCCCAUCGUGGUGGACCCCUUCCACCCAAAGGCCAGCGGGGCCUCCUUUGCCGGCUUCCAGGCCUCCAGUAGAGCCGAAGCUGUUGGCAACGACGAGGAGGAGGACGAUCGUAUGGAGGACCAGAACUUCGUCAUGAGCCGGUUAGCUUGCACCAAGGUUGAGAGGCCGGCAUCUCCGGUGUCCCAGCUGCCCCCUGUGCCUCCACGACUGGACCUCCUGCAGCAGAGGUCCUCCAGCUCCCAUGCUGCACUGGGGCCGGGAGCCACAGCCAAGGCAAUCCGAUUCAUGUCUCACUACAGCCACGAACCCCACCCUCAGUCUUGUGGUAUCCACGUUCAGAACAUGGAGCCUUUUCUUGGGGUUCUCAAUCUACCCAGAAGUACUUUCUUCUCCCCUGCAUCUCCAACAGCUCCUGAAACACAGAUCACCACAGAGAUCGCAGCCACUCACAGGGACAAGCCUCUACCUCCACCUCCAGCAGUGCGAGAGCUGCCCCCUCCUCCCCCCCCCGAGCGGCCCUCGCUGAUCGUCCAGGACUCCAGACUCCAGAGGAGGCCCCUGCCCUCCACCCCCGACCAGCCCGCCUGGGCCGCCAACUACAUGGUCCCUCGCCCCGCCACCAAGACCCCCUCAGCCCUGCCCCCCAGCCCUCAGAGCAACGGCGGCAGCGGGGAGGGGGCCAAAGCCCACGCAGCCACCAACGCCGUGUACUGCCUGGCUGCCAGGUCGCUGUCGGUAUCAGUGGUAUCGAGUGGGGACAAACUUCCAUCAGACUCGGAGGAGAACGAGUACAUGAGCCCCACGUCCCUCCCCGUCUCCGGUGCCCAGUGGGUCAUAACGGGCUCCCUGGUGCCGCCGCCGCCGCCAAGCCAAACAAACAACAGCGACGUCAGCGAGGUGGGCGACAGCGACUCCGAAGACCCCCAAGUGUAUGAGUCCAUGUGUAACAUCCAGAGUCAGGCUGGCUGUGCUGAGACCACACAGGCCACAGACCUCGAUCACCCCAAGCCCUCGGAUAGGAAGGAGGACCCCGAUGUGGAGGAUGUGUACGAGUACGACUGUCCCCGGCCGGUCGUUGCCCCCGCCCCCAGCAGGAGAGCCGUUCCAGAAAUCGGCUGUCCCUCCACCUCGUUUAGCAGUCUCAGCAUGGACGGCGCUGUCGAAGCCACUGGCGCAGAACCCGAGCGCCCCCCCAAACCCCUCCCACCCCGGGCCAACUCCGACCGACAGCCUCGGCCGUUCAACCGGGAGUUCCCCCUGCCAGAGCUGCCCGGCCCCUCCACAUCCCCACUUCUUGCUCCCCCUCCCCUCCUUCCUCCUCCCCCCCCCCCUCCUCCCCCUCCCUCCGGCCCCGGAAGCCUGGCUCUGAACGGUGAGAUCGAGUGCCUGGUGUCUCAGGGCUACUCCAUCCAGGACAUCCAGAAAGCCCUGAUGAUCGCCCAGAACAACCUGGAGACGGCCAAGAACAUCCUGCGGGAGUUCGUCUCCAUCCCGUCUGCGGCCCACAUCGCCACAUAG